UUGACAGAGAUAGGGACUUGGGGACCCCAAUGUGGACAUGAAACACAAGAGUUUGACUAUGAAAUGAUUCCCGGAGAGAGGAAAUACUCGGAUAUUCUACAAUUACAGGUAAAUGGGUGAAGUAAUUUCUUGUAGUGGCAUCAUAACACUGCGGUGUGCGGGGAAGGCGAAUAAUCACGAACAAAACUGGGGCAUGACCAUCACACGCGGGGAGAUAUCGGGGAAUCCCUUAAGUCAUCGACUAGGCUUAGCUACAAAAAUCCCUAAAAAUAUCCUUAAAAAUCUUUUAGAAUUUCUCCAAGAACUCUCUAAAAAUCUCUUAGAAAAUCUUUUAAAUCUCUAAAAAUUAUUGUAAUAUUAACAAAAAAACUGGGUAACCUAGCCCAAACUGUCCUUACGAAAAAUUUCCGAGCAAAGCAAAUCGGCUUGGAGUAACAUGCGACGGACGAAAUGGCAACCGACCCAAGAGUGGGUUGAAGCUGCGACUGCGCAGCAACAAGACAAAAGCAAAUAGCUUCUUCCAGAAGAAUCUCCGUUAGUAUAUUCCCAGUCAGUGAGUCUCUUAUCUUAGGAAUCGCGGUUGUGAGGGAUCCCGGCCAUCAACACUGGUUCAGAUAAGGAAAGAAGUUUUUCACUUCCUUAAACUUCCGCGCAGAGUCCUGAUCCAUUUUUCCCAAACGGGACUGACCAGCCUUCAGUUUAUGCGAUAAACGAGGAUAGCUUGGGCUACUUCGUUUCUCGCUUCGCUGCUCGGUUACGUACGUAACACUAAGAGCGCCGCAAGAUUUCCCUUUCGUUCAUGGAGCCCUGCUUUACUACAUCGAUAUCGCAGUCGGGACGUUAGUCUCCAUAAAGCACGAUUAACCAAGGUUCCGCACUUUUUCCCGCCUGCAUGCAUGGGAAUUUCACCACCUUAAUUCUAAGAGGAUCCGAGGUCUAAGGAAGUAAAGUUUUGGCCAGCGAACCUAGACCAUCUACCAUCUUUAAAAAUUCCGUAACCUAUCCUUUGCACUUGCAGUGGUGAAAAUCUCUGAUCUGCCACCCCAAAACUUACACGCGCCCCAGUUAAGUUUUAUUUUUUCAGUUGGCCACUGCCUAAAAAGGCUUGCACCACUCUCUAAUCUAGUGACCUAAAAAGAAAAUUCAAAACGGCAUUACGACUGAAGGCUAGUUGAGAGAAAAUAUGUGUAUCUAUGUAUCCUAGAAUUGAGGGAUUGAUUUACGGAAAAAGCAAAAUAGUAGCCUGCCUAGCAGGCACUUGGAAGUCGUGGGCGAAAGAGAGAAUGGGCGCGCGCGAGGGAGACACACGUGUCUCCUUCUCGCGCGCCCGUUUUUUCUUGUAGGAAAAUAACGGGAUGAACUGCCAAUGCCACGUGGGGCGAUUCGCUUCUUUCUUCUAAUUAAGGUGUCGCCCCAUGUAUUAAGGGCAACAGUCUUGGUUUCUGGAUUCCACGCCAUGGUUUCCAGAUUCCAUGUACUGCAUUUCGGAUUCUUUGAUAGUGGAACUUUGAUUCUGGAUUCCAAUCGUGAGUGAAUUCCAGAUUCCUUGAGUUGUAUUCCGGGUUCCAAAGCCCAGGCUUCCACUUUUCAAAGUCAAACUUCCACAAGCAAAACUUUGGCGGAUUCCGGACACUGCCGGGAUUCCAGACUGAUUUUGAAAAAAAAAAUCUGGCAAGGAAUUACCCAGGCAAAAAACUUCCUGCACCGAAAAAAAUAUCUCUUUUAGGGUAUAAUGCUGGAAAAAUUCUUACACCGUUGUAUAUCGGUGAAAAAAAUUCUAUCCCCAAUAGCCUGAACUUCAGACACUCACUUCGAGUCGUUUUCUCCUCUCAGCAAAUCACCCAUAUCCUCCCUCAAAAUUCAAAUGGUCGACCCCUUACAAAGAGCCUGGUCCCAGACUAUCACGAUUAGGGCAGAGUCUCCGUACAAAAAAAAUUAGGCUGACGAAAUUUUGAUUUUGUUGUAAGAGGUCCGGAAUCACUCGCACAGCCGUGCUUGACUCCCGGGGGUGGGGGCUCCGCAUAUAAAAGGGUUUGGGGAUGCUCGUCGUCUCGCUUAGGGGUGUAACUGAAUACUAGUUGCGGUUGAUUUAUUCAUUAUUUAGUUUUCUGUGGUUGUUGUGCUUGGCUCAGUCCAGAUAUAUUUGUGAUCGAAACUAGAGAGAAUUUUAAAAAAACUGAGAGUUUUUGAAAUUGCAAUGUUUGCGCAAUGGACAAGUCUAAGGAAACGGUUGCUGGAUAUAAAAAUGUUGUAGGACUUAUGAAAUGUGGAAACAUCACUGCAUAUAUACUUACAACUUUACUUGUGCUCUGCAUUAAUAUAUAUGUGGUUUCACCUACAAGCAAGUUAAACUCUACGUAUAAUAAUAUUACCAAUAAAUACAGUUGACUGAGUAAAAGUUGUAUAAUAUAAUACUUUUCUAUAAGUUAAUACUUUUAAAGUGCACCUCUAUUCAUAAUAAAUUACAAUAUUUAUAAUAGCACAUGUUUAUGUUUACUUGAGAUCUCAGUUAGAGACAGUCAAGCCUUUGUUUUAUGGUCAGUGUGAUUUUCUCCAAAAAACCAAACGUCUUGAGCAAAUUAGUCAUUAUUAUAAUAUAGCACUGGCAUUUAACCAAUAAAACGAAUAAAUAAGAACCCACACAAGUGUUAAACCUGAUUGGGAAUAGUGUGUCUACUUUCAGACUUUUGUAAACUCUGCAAGAAUAUAUUUUGCUAAAUUCAAAUUGAGGUAAAAACAAUUGUAUUGUGAUGACACAUUGCUGUUACCUACGUCACUUUUUAAAAAAUUCUUUUGAGCUGUGUCCAUAAAAAAGGGCCAGGAAAGAACAAGGAGAUUAAAUACAUCACUGUCUGCACAUAAUGAACAACAUGCUUUCAGAAUGAUUAGUAAACAGAAUAUUCUAAAGUUCACAAGCUAAAAACAUAAAACGUGACCUUUCACACUAAAAACGACUAUUAAUGUAAAUUUAAUUUACCAUACAUUUGGCACUGAAAAGUAUAAACAUGUUGUACGUUUAUCUAUUAAUGAACAUGAAUACAAGUGCUUAUAUAAAUCCACUAUGAAAAUACAGAUAACCUCAAAUGACUAAUUGCUGGAGAUACAAGAGGCUCCUGCCUGUUGCAAUUAAGUCAAAGAGGGAUUGCCAAUGUACUGAGUCAACUAAAGAUAACUUAACAAAAUAAGUUAAUCAACACUACAGUCAGUAUUUUAUAUUAGCUACAGACAUCAUUAGCAGAUGCAAAGAGUGGCAAAGUCACCUGGGGGUCUCAGGUAUGGAUGUGACUAGCUAAAGGCAAUUUCUUUUUUAAAUUAUUUCAACAAAAUGUUUAACCUAAAAUAAACAAAACUGCUUACACAUUGUUGUGUAAGACUGCCUGAAAGAGCUGCAAUUUAUUUUGUAUGCCACUUAAUCAGGCAAUAAUAUCAACUUUGUUGUUGACUCACCACUUGACAUUAAACAACAGCAGCUGUAGAUGAAAAAAAAAGAUGUACCAAAAAUUACACAUCGAGUUUUACUGAACCAGUUUUGAAAAUCUCAUUGCCAGCAUGCAAUUUUAAGUCACACUUGGUGACAGUCUGAUCAGAAUUUCUGGCCCUGGACUAAUGCCACUUUGCAUUAUUUACAAUAAAUAAUAAAACACGACAUACCCACAAAAUACAAUAUACAGUCUACAAAAUUCUUAAUGCAACACAUCCAAAGUUACACCUUGUGUUGACAGCACCAACUACAACCCAAGUGUUCCUUUCCUCAUCAUAGUAUUCAAUACUGUUGGUGACACGACCACCCACCACAUAGAUGGUAUCAUUCACAACUGCAACACCCAGACAGCGGCGGCCAGCAUUCAUGGCUGCUACAGACUGGCUCCAUGUAUCAGUACCAGGAUCAUACAUUUCAACACUGUUACUACAAGAUUCUCGGUUGUCAGAUCCUCCAAUGGCAUACAGCUUCUCACUUAGAACAGCAACACCGAGACUCCAACGAGCUGUGCUCAUUGAUGAGAUGGCUUCCCACUGGUUUGUGUGGGGGUUGUAUCGCUCAGCAGUGUUCAGUGGAGCCCACAGAUGGUCUAAGCCUCCAACAGCAUAAAUCUUCCCUUUCAUCACACCUACACCUGUAAAAUAAUGAAUAAUAACAGUUUUGCAAAAAAUUUAUGUCUCUGGGAUCUUAUUAUAGAUGAGGACACAUUAAGUGACUGGCAAUUAUUUAGUUUUAUCUUCCACAAACCGGGACUGCAAUGACCAAUCAAAAGAUGAAGAUGGUCAGAUAUUGGCCAACGCCUUUGUCAGGGUUCAUGAACACACAAAAAAAGAAGAGGCCUAAUAUGCAGCCAAAGAGCUUGUUCAGGAUUUCCUUCAUCUACCUGCUUGUGAAGCCAGCAAUAAAUUAUUGAAAAUUGAUGGCAGCAGUGUAGUACCUCUCUAUUACAAACAGCUCUUUUGAUCCCAAGCAAGGUCAUAAGCUGUGUGUGAGUGUAUCAUUGCCUUUUGUGCAACAAUUCCCAACUCAAAUAACUUUAGGGACUGUUUUAUGUUACAGCUGUAUAUAACAACAAGUUCUUACUGCAUUCACAUGACAAAGUACACACCAGCUCUAAGGCAUUCCCGCAUGUGUGGUUUAUGCGCCAGAUCAGUGCAUCACUCAUGUGCCACUUGCCCCAGACUACACAAUUUUGCAAUUUUCAAUCCAGAAUGAAGUUCAUUUUCAGUUUACAUGAUACUAUACCAGAAUGAAAUUUCUCACCAGAAAGAAAAUUUCAUUGCGAUUGAAGACUGGAAUAAACUCAUUCCAGAAUGACUUGUACAGAAAUAAAAUUAUGCCAUUUUGGUAUCAUGUAAACAAAUGUAGAGAAGAUGGAAUGAACUUGUUCCAGAACAAAAGUCAUUUCGGUAUCAUGUGAAUAACCCCUUAGAAAGAACAAUGUCAGCAGUAAUAGAUACCUGGAUAGUAGCGAGCAUACAUCAUUGAUGGCAAAGACCUCCACAUCAUGGUUUCUGUGUCAAAUUGCUUGGCACACAUACUGCUGUGUCCCCCAACAACAUAGAUGUAACCUUCAUACUCACAGACACCAGCCCAUUUACACUGCACAUCAGGGCCUGUUGCUACCUGUAUCCACGAAUUAGCUAUGGGGUCGUACUUGCCAACCUUGUAACGACUUACAGUGUAGAGCUCAUCACCAACAGCAACCACUCUAAUGUAAUCCUCUCUGGACACAUGUGCAACCGACAUGCCAGCAACUACUGUCCAUUCCAAAGUGUCCACAUUAAAGCACUGGACACUACUUAUUUUCUGCCCAUUGGACCAGCCACCUAUGACGAAAAUCUCUUCUGAAGCCAUGCGAGGUCUGACGCGGAAAUUAUCGAUAGCUGUAGUUGAUUUGCUUUCCACAGCCGUUUGAUAGCUAAUAGCUUCACGGAUCAAUUCCUUGCACAUGCGAAAAUCACGUGUGAGUUUCUGGAUGGAAGAACUUCCAUGUAAAUACUGAAGAUUCAUAAGGGGGAAUCUUACAUACUGCAUAAUGUCAGGGACAAAGUCCUUCCUUGCGUUCGUGUCAUGCGAAAUCCACUGCAAUACAGCUUCAAAAACCAUUUCCUCCGACUGAACUUUCAGUGAAUCAUCCUUAAUUAAAUCCUUCAGCUGUUUGUAUGGCAUUUUCUUGAACUCCUCUUCUUUGUAAACGCUUGCAAAAUGCCAAAGCGCAAAGCGACUAGCAUGUUGGCUUAAUUCCUCAAGACAGAAAAGAUCUGCGACAAACUGAAGACCGACACAGUUGGCCGGGGUCAUGUUGCGUCGAAGAAAAGUUUCGCAGUGAUCGACAAGGGAAUUCAGUCUCAACAGCACACAAAUUCGCAGUAUUUCUUCCACGUUGGAAACAUUCACUUCAAGUUCAGAAGUGUAGAAGUAUCCCACGAUUAGUUCAACCGCAUUAGCAUCGACUUCUUUAAGGAUUAUCUUCUGCUCGCUGGCUUCCGAAAACCCAGACAAAAACAUGGCUCUAAAGUAAGGACUGCAUGCCGCCAAAACGGCUCGAUGAGCGACGAUUUCGCGGUCUUCAACGACAAGCGUAACAUCGGACAACUCUUUGCUUCGUCGCAUGCUAUCUAAAACUUCCAUAAUAUCCCUUGGAAGAGACUCUUCCACGAUUACAACUGAUGUAGAGUCCAUUGUGGCGGUAAAACGCUCUCAUUGAAAGGCCAACACGACGCGUUCUGCUUCUGUUGUUGUUACUCCAAAACAAAGGGGACCGCGUGCUGAUCUCGAACUGUAGGGACUGGAGAAAGGAAAUGAACUUUUCAGUAUGCGAACAUGCUUGAACGCACUUUUAUUGCUUCCUAACUUAAGGGCUAAAUAUGUAUAACAUGCCCAUCAGAAGUUAUUUUUGAUACGAAAUGCGAACUAUUUUGUGUGAGAUCAAAGUUCAGGGUCAAGAAAAUAACACGCGACAAUUCACUGUCCCUCCCUUCCCACUUCUUAUUCUACUUCCCAUCUUUGCUUGCUCCAUUCCAUGCCUACUCGGCAAUAUGGCGGAUGAUCUCACUGGAUUCUUGCAAAUCAUCGUUUAGUAAAGAGAUAUGUUCCGCAAAAGGCAAGACAGCAAAGGAAGCCAAAAGGUACUAGCAUGUUUGUCGUGCGUAAAAUUUAUUAAUAUCCGCCAUGCUUGGAGUAUCAUUUGGUGAACUUAUUUGGCUGUGCAUGUAUUAUUGAGCAUAAUUUAACUUACAUCUGAGGAAUGCGGAGACGAAUCGUGUAUAACCCCAGUCUUCCUUUGCUCUUUACCCUGCUAAAGGCAGUGUACUUAAAAAUUAAUGUAAUAUUCCACAAGUCCUGGGUACGAAGAUGGAAUUUCCGAGGAGGGGCCAGACACCGGAAUGCCAACCUGUCACAGUCUCCUUCCUUUUCUUUCAACGAAACGGGACAAGCAAAAAUACUUCAUACUUGUCGGUCGGGGGAGAGUGUGCCACUGGGCACUGAAAGCCUUUGCCUCUACCAAACUAUGUUCAGCCGAAUUUUUCAACCCUAUUCUACAAAAAGAACCAAAAUUUGCAAUUCUAUCCCCAACCAAAAUCUCUAAUUGUUUAAUACCACAGAUUAAUUUCCCACAAAUACUGGUAUUUGAACUUAGCCACUGAUUUUCAAAGGUGCAGUACUUUAUCCUGCACAAAACUGUUCAAAACCCUACCACUUACCACCCAGCAGCACAUACAUGUACUACCUAAUAUAUAGCUAAGAUUCAAAAGUGCCCUCCCCUACCCCCCUUCUCCCUGAAAGUUAUAUUUCUCCACUCCCUGAGACAACUCAAGUCAGUUUGCAAUGCUGGCGAAUCUCCUCAGCUUGCAUCUUUCAUCAUUGGCAUCAUUACUGUCUACAGAGUGAUGCUGUACCAGAGAUUGAAGAUGAUCAACCGAGAAACCCAUUCACAGAGCUGAGACUUCUCUCCUCUCACAAAGACAUUGUUCAUCUUUUAACAGUCAUUGAUGAAAGAAGGUACAUGUAAAUCUUUGUGAGAAAAAUUGAUAAUAAGAUUAGACACCACUUUUGGCUGUUAAGGUAUACCCAUCAAGAUGAUAAAUAAACUGACACUCUUUAGAAUGUAGGUUCUUGUUGUUGUGGUUAUCUGCAAUAGAAGACAUGUCUUAGUUAUCAGAUUUGAACAACAUGCAUUCGCAUCUGUUCUUCAUCUAACACUGACGCUUUUACUUGAUACAACUGACAAUAAUACACAAACUUUAGGUCUAUUUAAUCAAAGAUGAAGAAGGUAAAAUUAGUUGUGCAUUUUAGUCAGAAAAAUAUAAACCAAUUACAUGACAAAGACAGUAAAAAAAAGUGUCUGAAGAAUUUCCAGUACAUUGAUCUUCACAUCAGCAUAGGUUCAAUAUUGCUACUACAAAAUUUUAUUUUCUUUCAGGUUUGCAUCAGCAUCUGAUGAUAAUCUUGCAGUCAUUUGGGAUGCAAAGGUUUUUUACUUCUAUUGCUGAAUAAAAUUAGGCUUAACCUUUAAACUGAAGGAUGGAUGAUCUGUCUGAAUUGGAAUUUGGAGUGUUGGUUUUUCAAGAGAAGGGUAAACUGGAAUUCUCGGCAAAAAACUUUUCAGAGUAAGGGAGAUAACCAACAACAAAUCCUACCCACAUAUGGUGUUGAAGCUGGGACUUAAACCCCAGGCCACAUUAUUUGGAGGCGAGUGCUCUCGCCUGCACAUGUUCCCCCUCCCCCUGACUCCCCUCCCACUUACGCCUGCCCUAUUAAAUCCAACAUAUAUUAAUGCUUAUUACUUCUCACUUUUUGCAAAAUUUUGGGUUAAGGGAGGGAUGGAAUUACUGACGCACAAUUUAUAUCAAUUUCAGCUCUUGUGUUGCAUGUCUACCCAAUGAAUGGUCAAAAAAUAACCAUUUUAGAGCUGUCUACUUACAAGCUGUAUUCUUGUCCACAGACUGGCAAACGGAUGAACGUUCUGAGGGGUCACUCACGACCCAUUAAAUGCAUGCUUCUGUUGCACCAGAGACAUGAGUUUCAAAAUGAGGAAAUAGCUGCUACCCUGUUGUUGACAGGUUCUUCAGACAGAACUAUUUUGGUAUCCUUGUUAAUAGCACUGUCUAGCUUUACGGUAGCUUGAUAUUUUUAUAGCCAGAUUUUAGAAAAUGUUACGGCCACAUCUAAUAAGCCUGUUUUGUUCCUUGACUAUCUUACUAUUUUGGUUCCAUGUGAAAGGUUUGGGAUGUUGCUGAUGGUCAGUGCUUGCACACAAUUAAAGAUCACUGUGGCACUGUGAAGGUUUGUAGUAAGUGUACAGGGGUUUAUUUCCACAUCUCCUUAAUGAAGGGCACUUGGAACCUACGGGCAGGUCUUUGAAUAAGACUGUGCUUCCACCACCCACUUAGUGGAACCUUGUUAAUGAGACCAGUGUUGAGCCAUAAAAUCCUGGUCAUAGUAAAAAAGUGGAUGCAUUAACGGGGUCUUAAAAAUAGGAAAAUGGCUCGUUGAUUUAUGUUUGGGUCAAAAGAAUAUGGUCGUAAUAAUGAGGUGAUCAUAAGGUAGGGUUCCACUGUAUUCUGUAAAUCAACCUUCAGUCUCCCUUCAUGCAGCUGUUUUUAGUGUCUUCAGACAGUGCAAGGGAGACUAUCCCUGAAUCAAAUGGUUUCCUGGCUACUUGCUAAAUAUUCACUUUUUAUAAAUCUUAGCUUCCUCUGACUGACCUUGACAAAUUAUCUGGGACAAGUAUGGAAACCAGUGUUUAUUAGAGGGAUCACCUCAACUUCUUUUGAUAAUCCCAUCCUGCCUAAAGCUAUAGGACUGUCUGGUGGGCUUAGUACCCUUCCCACCCCCUGCCUGCUAUCCCCACCCAAGGCCCCUGUUAAUGCAUAAACACCAUUUUCCUUUCCUUUCCAAUAUGGAGCUUGUGAUCAUGAUGUUAGUUUGCUUUAUUGUUUAUAUUCCAAAUGGUAAACAGUGACUAGGAAAUAAUAGUAAAGUUUUUCAAGACAGUGGGUCUUGCCUCCUAUGUCUCAUAAACAUUUUAAUUGCUGAUGGGUUUGUUGCAUUUUGCUAAUGUGAAAGUGCUCAAUGUCUGUAUUCUAUAUGCAGCCACUAGGUUAACUGCAUGUAUUCUACUUAUUCAUUCAGUGCUUAGUCAACAUGAAAGAGGAAACAAUUUUCUUUUCUGGUGGUCAGGAUCUCUGUGUGUGGAAUGAGAAAGGAGAGUUGCUAGACAAACGCGACAGGGCCAGUGAACAUUGUAAGUACAUACUGAAUUUUGAAAUUUUAUUAGAGAUUUUUAGUGAAUGAACAAUGUCACUGUUCUGUCCAGUUAUAUACAUCAUCAUCAUUUCGGCCAUCUAAUUCUUAAAUGAAUGAUUAACGCACUUGCAGUUUCUUAAAGCCUAUUUUGUAGCUUAGAGUUAUCUGCAUCAAAUGAUUUGACUGCCCAUUCAAAUUGAGUGCUCAUUUCAUUUGAAAAUGUUUGAAAUUUUGCCUCCUUAUAUGACUGAAGAUGCUAAAUUAUUACACUGUAACAUGCCAAGUACAGAGCAAUUUUAUCUGCCUCCAUUGCAGCUGAUAUUCACACAUUACUCCCAAUAAAAAACAACAGAAUAGUGGCAGCCUCCAACAGAUCUUCUCUUGGUGAGUGUGUUUAUUAGUGACAAAAACUUAGUGGAGGGAAUACUUCGCUUUUUAUAUAGCCUUUUGACGAUGAUCUCAGAUUGUACAUGUACCCAGGCUUUUUUAUGGCUACAAAUGCUAUUGCUCUGCUUUCAAAAUUGAUGACGGCACCAGCAGCGAGAAUUAUAAACCAUUAGAGGUUCAAUAAACAAACAACAACUCUGCACGUGCAGGACACAUCUUUAGUGCAUUUUAUUAUUGUCAAGGCAUUACUAUGACAUGAAAUUCUCUAAAACUACAAUUUUAGGUUGGUUUCUAGUAAAAAGGUUGGCUGUAAUAUUGAAAUAGGGGGUAUAAGCAGUCACAGUGGAUGGCAGUGAGGACGUCACUCAUGAAAUGAAUUUUCGUCAUUCCAAACCCAUCUCACCUUGAUAAUCCCAUGCUCAACAUCUCAAAUGUUAGAGAAUUUCCUGGAGUUGAAUUCUAGGGGACUGCACCCAAGUUUAGAAAGAAAAAGAAAGAUUCAUUGUCCCCAGCUGUAAUGAACGUUCUCCUUAAAACGUUGAAAUCUUUCCAAAGUGCAGAGCCUAAUUAGUAGUCCAACCUUUCAUCAAUCUUACACUGUAAAAUUAGUCCAUACGUACGUCCUCCUAUUCAUGUAAGCCGGGAUGAAAUUUUAAUGUAUAAAGAUACUCAAUUUAACAGAAAUUUAGCUAACCGUAUCGGGUUACUUGGGCACACAAAAUGAUUUCGAGCCUUGGAUUUUACAUUUUGUUUGAGUAACUUAUUGACAUAAACGAGAGCUUCGCUUUAAGCCCUGGCUAAAUCUAUAUAUAAUUAUUAUGUUUUUACAGUGGUGUAUUCAAUAAUAAGGCCUUCAGAUGAUUCAGAAGCCCUGAAAAUCGUGGAAAUCAAGAAACUUUCACCUCACAGGGAAUCAAUUCGAUGUCUUAUCAAUGUGGCAGGCAGGUUUAGUUUUUUUCAUUUCGGUUGGAUCUUUUCUUUACUCUUGCCUUUACGUGUACUUCAACGAAAAUGAAUGGUUUCUUCAUUAUCACCCAAAUAUAUUGAGUCAACUCAACUCACCCACAAGUAGAACAUUAGUUAUUCCGGCCUUAGAACUAAAACAACUUCACGUUGCCUUUAAGAUAUUUCCAUUGCCAAGCAAUCGUGCUUUGUAUAUCAGGAGAUUAUCUUAAGGUCUUACCAAAAUAAUCAUAUUUAUUAUUUAUUCAAAAUAUUUCCCCAUCUCUGAAAUCAAAAUCAAUUCUUCGUAACCAACUGGUGUUGACCAAAUGUGGAAGAUAGGAGCAAUAUUCCAUGGAUUCAAUGAUAUAAUAUCCAAGCAGCCUCGUUUCUAGACAAAUGUCCAAUCCGUCAUCAUCAUCAUAAGCAGGAGGAAAACAAAAUACACUUGUAUAAGUGCCCUCAGAAACUUUUACUUUUCUUGUAAGAGGAGCUAAGUUUUUGUUUUAAAUACUAGAUAGUAUGUUUGCCUCUGCAUCGCUGGAUGGAGCCAUCGUUCUCUGGAGCACUCACAGUCUUUCUUACACAAGGCAGUUUAACUUUGUCAAGAAUUACGAAGGACCCAGUCACACUUAUCCCUCCAGCACUCAACAUGUGUUUACUGUAGAUCAGGUAUGGAUGAUAAACAGACGCACUCACUUGAAUUUUGACUUCAAGGCCUGAAAAAUCUUCUUUUUUUUUCCGCUUUCUGGGUCAGUGGAGAAAUCCCAUGCAUUGGCUAUUAUCUACAAAAGAUAAUAAAGUAAUCGCUUUAAAAGACUUAGCAGACAGUGAAAGGUAAUGGCAUGAUAGGCCCGCCCGUCUCUUCCCGCGCUCAUUAACUUUCACGCGCCCCAUAUUACUUAAAGGGGUAAUAUGUUAUUUGUAAUUGAAUAUUCUUUUCUUGACCUUCUCAGAGAUACAUGUUUGCGUCAAUUGGUCAAGGAUUUUCCUUGUUCGAUUCAAUGUCAGGUAAAUUUUAGCAAAAUUGCGGUAGGGACUCUUACUGUAUAUGUAGGAAUAAAUCAUAUGCAGGAUCUAGUUUGAAUUUUGUUGGACAGAUUCUUUAACGAUGACAUAAGAGGCACCUCUCUAUAAAAAAAUAAUCUUCAGAGUGACACCUUUUCAGUAGACUGUUCACAGUCUCUAUUUUUCCGUUAGAUGGUCAAGAUCGAGGGCUUUGCGCUACGGGCUUCCAUCCUGCAUGAGUGUCAAAACUGGCGGUUUGGGAGGAAGCGAGCUAUUUUUCUCGCCCCCCACUCCCCCUACAGCUAUAAUCCCCAACGCCCGCCCCUCGGUACAUUUGAAAAUCAAGAUGGCCGCCAUUAACGGUAAGACGCGCUAUAUCUCGACGAUCUCACGAAAAAAUAGGGGACUGUGAACAGUCUACCUAUUCAGUGUGGCAAAGAUCUUUCCAAAAAAGAAUGACAUAUAAGCAAGAAGUCAAGCUGUGGGACGUCCUAAUCUAUUUCUUGUUGACAAUAACUGUCCCUUUUCAAGGCCGGUUUUCACCAGUGUCGGAAUCGGUGUCGUAAUAAAUUGAGGUCUAAAUAAAAUAUCGUAGACGCUUAAGCUCAACUGGAAUUGGAGUCCCAGGAUUCAGGACGUUUCCAGCUUCUCCGGAGUCUUCUUAUGAGUCCGUCGCUUUCGAUCUUGCGAAAACCAGAUUGUCGGAGUUGGAAAUAGUAACAGAAGAAUAAACCAAUCACAAUGCUAGUUGAUACGCGUUGUGAUUGGUUUAGUUCCUCCGCUUUUCCUGCUCCCUGGUCAGUGAAUUUUCAAUUAUUUAUGAUGCUAACGAUUCAGAAAAAAAAAUUCUCAACACCAUAUCCCCGAGAUGGCAUUACGUACUACGUUCGCUUUUACCUUUUUCUGUAGAUGUUUGUGAUUUGUAAAUUGUUCCAUUUUAGGAAAAUGUCUCGCUAAAGUCACAAAUGCUCACCAUGGAAAAAUACUUCACUCUCUUCUGUUAUUUGAUGGGUAAGAACUGUCGGUGUUUUUCAUGAAAUACCAUAAGUAGUUUGAACAUGAUUGUUCAUGUGACUGUGGUCCUGCAUGGUCUGUUGUUGACAGUAUAGACAGUGUCCAUGGUGACAGUAUCUACGGUGACAGUUUUUAAGGUGACAGUAUCCAUAAUGUUAGUGACUGCUGACAUUUUAAAAGCACCCUGUGCAGUUCUCAUCAUAAGAGUCAAAGUCAAGGAGUAAGAAAGCUGUAUUGUUCUUCUGAUUUUGCCAUUAACAAGUUGCCGAAGGACGAUACUAGGGACCUUACGAUCCGACAACGACAAGGUCCAUGAAAACGUCACUAAAAAAAUAGACGCCGCUUCCUUUCAACCCAUUUCGCGAUUUUCCCAAGUCGGCCUGUUACUUAAAAGAAGGGAAUUUAUGUUGGAACUGAAUAGAGUGGGCCGCGCCCCAGUUCAGACAGAGAUAGUAGAGUUUAUCGCCUUGCCGUUCCCCUUCUCAAAAAACUUCAAAUUUGGUCAUUUCACGUCGUAGUUGUGUAGGGACGGCAAAGAAAUGCACAAAAAAGGGUGAUGUUGUUUUGCUAACUAAACCUAUUGCUUUUUGCCGCUACUGAUGCUGUUGCCGUCGUAGUUUCGUAAGGUCCCUAUUAUCACGUCGGUAAGAAUACAACUUUGGCAAACUUAAGAGGAGGGCUAUUACUGGUUUGUUUCUCUAAUAACAGUUUGAUUGUUUGUUUGCUUGCUUUUUUGUAAGGUUCUUUCAAUUAAAUUCCGAUAUUUAGCCCCUCCAAAAUGAGCCCCGGGGCUUAUUUUCUGAAUUUUAACGUUGUUUGAAAUGAGAAUCAUCAUUUCAUAAUUUAGUGUUAAUUAUUCCUCGUGUUUGCUGUUUUAGUUACGUCCUGGCUACUUGUUCUGAAGACGGUUCUGUCAGGAUUUGGGGAUCUCCCCAUCCUCGCUUAGUCUGUAAGUAAUAUCAGCUUGUCAAAGUGUAUCACUCCUUUAAGUGCCAACGUCAGUGUUCAUACUUUGUGGUGGUUAUUUAAUUGACUCAGUUGACACCAGUUUUAUUGCCUCGAUGAAAUGAGUGUCGCAUCCUCGGAGAAGCAGGGGAAGUCUGUUGGGUCGGGAGACGGCUCGACAAAAGUUUCGAUAAGAACACUUUCCCACAUGCCCUGCGAAUGUUUCUGCUCAGGAGUAGCCGCCGUGUUCAAUUCCGAAGAAGUCGAAGCGUUGGAGCGAGUCAAAGUGGGUGGGGUAGGAGACGGGUAAGGAGGUGGAGGAGAGGGAGAGAAGAAAACUUCCCUUCUCCUCCCCCACCUCCUUUUUUACCCUAACGCCAAUAAAAUAAGUUUCCUUUGGUCGUGUGAAUGAGAAAACUUGACAAAUCUCUCACCUUGUCAAGGAAAGACCUGGCAAGUUUUCCAAUUUACUCGAACAAAUUCACUUACCAAGUAGAAGUUGCUCUAGUCCAUGGGGAUCAACUUUUGACACUUCACUUGCAUUUUUUUUGUUUACUAUUUUCUCUGAAUAGGCGAUGGCUCAGACGUGAAAUCGUUUACGUUGCACAUCGAACGAUUCCUCGGAAAAAGGCAAGUACACAAACACUCGACACCUGGGGUCCUUACUAUUUACACAAACCACCCGGGUGGAAAGCUGUGCACAAACAUAAAACUGUAAAAUUCAACAAGGUAGGAGAACGAAUGGCUACAAAGUAUAUCAAAAUCAGCUGAACAGGCUAAAAAGAGCAGACGAAUAAAUUGCAUCGCCUCAAGUCACAGCCCAUAUUUUCUGAAGCUUCCCAAACGGAAUGGCGCGAACCAUUUGAUUUUCCAACCGGUAUUUCCGGUGUUCCCAUGUAAAUGGUAAGAACCCCUACAUUAGAUUGAUUGGUAAUUACGUCUUCCUGUUGUUUUCAUCUCUAAAAUGCUUUCUCUUUAUUGUAGCAUUUCAGAAAUACAGCAUCUCAACAAUCCAAUUCGUCCAGCACUUUUGGGGGAGUGUGUUGCCCAUACCGGCGCUGUUAAUGUAAGUCAAAGAAAUAAUGUAGCCGUGAAGCUACAAUCGGUGGCAAAAUUUUUGAGACACUACACACAAGUUUGGUAACUUCGGAGAACAAAACAAUCCACAACCUUCCCCUGCCUUCCAUUUUAUGAAGGGGUGAAGAAGGGAAUACUUAAUUUUCCACAUCUGAAUUCGACAAAACGUCAGAAAGGCCCUUCAGGGCAAAGUGUCUCGACUAAUUUUGUCGCCGAUUGUAGACUCCUUUAGGCUUGGAGUUCCAAACACUCGCGGCUCGCUAUCUAUUAUGCUUUCAAACAGACCGCACUGGUUUUUCGUUGUUCAGUUCACGCAUAAACGUAGGCGUGGCAACAAAGUGAUGACAUGUUAUUGUUUUGGUUCUUAAAGAUGGCCGUUAAUCUUGGUAGAGAGGGCUUUGCCUCGUGCGGAAGCGAUGGCCUUGUUGUCUUAUGGAAGGUGAGUUCUGUUGUCUGACUAGUGUANCGUGAAGCUACAAUCGGUGGCAAAAUUUUUGAGACACUACACACAAGUUUGGUAACUUCGGAGAACAAAACAAUCCACAACCUUCCCCUGCCUUCCAUUUUAUGAAGGGGUGAAGAAGGGAAUACUUAAUUUUCCACAUCUGAAUUCGACAAAACGUCAGAAAGGCCCUUCAGGGCAAAGUGUCUCGACUAAUUUUGUCGCCGAUUGUAGACUCCUUUAGGCUUGGAGUUCCAAACACUCGCGGCUCGCUAUCUAUUAUGCUUUCAAACAGACCGCACUGGUUUUUCGUUGUUCAGUUCACGCAUAAACGUAGGCGUGGCAACAAAGUGAUGACAUGUUAUUGUUUUGGUUCUUAAAGAUGGCCGUUAAUCUUGGUAGAGAGGGCUUUGCCUCGUGCGGAAGCGAUGGCCUUGUUGUCUUAUGGAAGGUGAGUUCUGUUGUCUGACUAGUGUAGUCAUAGACUCAGUCUAUAUAAUGCCAUCACAAGACAGAAUAAUUGUUCUCUCUUUUUCAUCACCAUUGUCACGGUGUCGAUCGCUCCUCUGUUUCUCCAAUCCUUUACCACAUUUGUACUCAUACAUUCUCCUGACGUCUAACUGAUUGUGAGUCCAUUUAAGUAGUCGUUUCGUGCUAUAUAUUGAACUAAUGCAAAGUUUUCUUUCUAGGAUGGUGUGUUGGAAAAGGAAAGAAGAAACGAAAUGGUUCGUCAAAUUCUGUUGUCCAUGGAUAAUAACACGCCGUGA